UGACUCCUACGACAACCCAUUAGACCAGCUGUGUGAUGUCCGAAGGAUGGACACCUGAUGACCUGAAGGAAGACCAGCUUCUGCACUUGGACGUUGAGAUGAGCAUUGAGGAGUCGAUGGAACGUGAAAAGGGACCCGGAAGGAGUGAAGCUCUGCAGCUCACAGAGGCCAUCAAAGAAGGUGACGUACUCGCCUUGCAGAAGCUGUGUGAUUUCCCAGCAGCCUUCAGUCAGACGGAUGAGCGCGGCUGGUACCCUCUGCACAGGGCGGUGGUCCAACCUCUGGUCCUGGUCCUACAGACGGUGCUGCACGCGUCUCUCCGUCUGACUCUGGAGGAAAGGACCUCGGAGGGAGAGAGCUUCCUCACUCUGGCAGUGACAGCUGGUUUUGUGGAGAACGUGAAGAUGCUGCUGGACUACGGAGCUUCUCCUCACAUGACCAACAGCAACAACGAAUCCCCUCUGCUUCUAGCGGUCCGAUCCGGAUCUUGCCAGAUGGUUUCCAGUCUGAUAGCCGGGGGGGCUCGGGUGGGGCAGGUGUGUCUGAAGAAGUGGACGGCCAUGCACGAGGCCUGCAGGGCCGGCUGCGUUGGCGUCGUGGACCUGCUGCUGCAGAACGGAGGUCAGGUCUCGGAGACAGACCAGUACGGAGUGACUCUUCUGGGCAUCGCUGCGGAGUACGGCCACUCGGAGGUCCUGGAGCUCCUCAUCAAACACGGUGCCGAUGUAAACGGCCGGGCGCCGAACGGCGACAGCGUCUUGUACGACGCCGCGGGCUCAGGGAAUCUAGACUGCAUCGACAUCCUGCUGCAGCACGGAGCGAACCCCAACAUCCAUAACCUGAGCUCCCAGCUGCCCAUCCACCACGCCGCCUACGAGGGACACCUCCUCGCUUUGAGGACUUUGAUCCCGAUCACCACCCGGCGAGCCCUGCGUCUGUCCGGCUACAGCCCGGUGCACUCCGCCGCCGACGGAGGCCACGCCCCCUGCCUGGAGCUGCUGCUGCGGGAAGGCUUCGACGUCAACGCCCGGCUAGCCCCCCACGUCUCCCACGGCUACGGCGACGCGAGAAGCAGCCCGCUGUACUUCGCCGUCUCCAACAGGGACGCGGCCUGCACCGAGAUCCUGCUGAGGUCGGGGGCUCAACCCGACCUGGACCCGCUGUGCUGCCUCCUGGUGGCGGUCCGGUCGGGGUGCCGCGAAAUCGCUAGGCUGCUGCUGGAGGCCGGGGCGGACGCCAACUGUCGCUCGGCAUUGACGAGCGACGCAACGUUUCCCACGGCGCUGCAGUACUGCCUGAAGGACGAGGCGAUGAUGAGGCUGUUGCUCCAUAGCGGCUACGACGCCGAGAAGUGUUUCCGUUGUAACCAUGGCGACGACUGGGACCCCCUGAGCGGGUCCGACGACUCGCCGGAGACGAAGGAGGGAGUCGCAUUCUGCGACUUUGUCAGCGUCCCCCGCCUGGCGGGCCUGGCGGGCCGGGUGGUGUCGAUCCUCCUCGACUACGUUGGACCGGUUUCUCUCUGCAGCAAACUGACGAAGCUGGUGGAGAGACACGAGGAGUGGCCUCGCAUCCACCGCACCACGUGUAACCCUCGCUCUCUGUCUCACCUGAGCAGAGUGGUGAUCAGGAAACACCUGAGCUGCAGCGCUCUGAGGUCCGCCCAGCUGCCCGACCGGCUGAGGGACUUCCUGAUGUUCAGAGGGAACGACCUCCACGACUAAGUCCUCCGCGGAGAGGAGUAAGGGCGACGACGUCUCAUCUGUUGGUUCUUAUUAAACAGAGCCGGUUUGUCAAAGCUACUUAAAGGCCCAGAUCUGUGAUCACCAACUCUUUAUUUUAUCAAAACGUCCCUCUGACUGAUUAUCAUAAUUAGUGCUAUUAUUGAACUGUCACAUGGUCAAAUUAGAGAACAGAGCCUCUUAGUUGUGACUUGUGGAAGAAAGUAUCAGACCAGCUGAUGGUCAGACAUCACAUAACCACAAGGUUGAUUCUCAAAUAAAAAGAAGAAUAAUAAAAAAGAAGAAUAUUUUACAAAAGCCAUAGUAGAGACCUGUCAAUCACAGUAAUCCCCUGCUUUAUGGUUUCACCUUCUAAGAACGAAAUGCGUUGAUUGUAGAAAUGGUUUCCUGGAUAAAUCCAAAGGAAAUUCAUACUUAAAUACAUAUAUAUAUACACAUGCGUAAACCAGAUAAUAGUGAGGCAAUUCCUCCUGUGGCUGAGGGGGGAUCUCAGUCUGGACUAAAGCUGGAGAUGUUGGGACUAAGUUGGACCUCCUGACCUGCUUGAAUAACAACAAUAACAACACAACAACGUGGCUUCAGAUUCUGGUCACAGAGAACCUGAUAAUAGACGAGAGGUUUGAACGACUCUCAAACUGCGAGUUGGGUCGGCGCCGAGGCAGAGGUGAAACAACAGCAGGUGCAAGAGCAGCUAAAACCGCCCCAGAGGUGGGAGGGCCAAGCUAAGCUAACAUCAGGCCGAGAGCUGGACUGUGAUUGGACUGGAGAAGGUGAAGACAUUGGCCUUACUAUAUUACAUAUUAUUUACAUUCCAUAUGUGGCAAAUCCAGAAAUGCACUACAUGAAUGUACUACUGUUAUGUUUUGUUUGUUGUCUGUGGGGGUACAACUGAAUUAUGUUGUGCAUAAUGACAAUAAAUAAUCCCUGAAAUUCUUAACUUGUAGAGUAGGCGAGCAGGGGCUCAGAGGAAAAAUAAUUAAAUCUAUUUUUAAAACACGUUAUAAAUGUUUCCUUUGAGGUGUGGGACAUGUGCCAAAGAAUCAUAGAUAUAAUUAAUAUAUAAAUAAAGUCCCUGACCGUAA